UUUUUAAGCCACUGUAUGAAAAUUUUCACCUGGUCUUCCAGGUGUAGUUUGUAAUGUAAACAAUACGAUAUUAUUGCAUGUCAUUCCGCAAGGAAAGCUGCAUAAGUCCUAAAAGUUUAGAACAUAAAAAGAUAAAUUAAUUGCUUUUCACAUGCAGCCUGGAUGCUUCGAGUGUUUUAACACGCUGUGCAUGGGGCUGAGGAAGUCAAAGCCUCGUCGUUUCCAAGGAUAUGACGGUGUGUCAUCGAGUGGAGCGGAAAGCAAGACAGUUCAGUCAGUAGUGGAGCAUGGCUCAAUUCACGGGGAUGCUGUCACUUGUAUCGAUGCAUACGCUCCAGGAACCUCUCUGACCGGGGGUAAAGACAACUCAGUUGUUUUAUUUAACUGGAAACAAGGUGUUACUCUUCGUCAAUGGACUGGUCACUCAAGAGACGUCACUAAAGUAAAACAUGUAGGAGAAACUAUUUUCAGUUCCUCAAGAGACAAGACAAUUAAGGUUUGGCAGGCCAGUAAAGCAGGAAAUGAACCCAUUUCAACCUUUGAGGGUCACAGACUGGUGGUGACAGCUAUUGAUCUUAAUGAAGAUGGAACUUUGUUAUUUUCUGGGUCACGAGACAACUGUGUAAGACUGUGGGACACUACAAAGAACACAAGUAUCAGUGAAAAAGAAGUAUCCAGAAAUCUGGUAAGUUGUGUGAAAUGGGUACCUGGAACACAGACUCAAGUUGCUCAAACUGGAGAAGACAAAAUGGUGAGAAUUUGGGAUACAAGGAACAUGCAACCUUCAUUCACAUUUCCUGCUCAGCAGUAUUUUCAGACCUGCUGUGAUUGUUCAAGAAAUGGGCAGUUUAUUUUGACAUGUAGUAAUGGUUUCAAUGGAAAAGGCUGUGAAGCUACACUCUGGGAUGUGAGGGAACAGAAAAUGAUGUGUAGAUACAUUGGCCAUCAGCAGACUACAUCAGCAUGUGUUUUUCUUCCUCAUCUGGAACAUGUUUGGUCGAAAGAUCUAAUUGCUACUGCCUCGCAUGAUUCCACUGUGAAAAUUUGGGAGAGAGACAGCACAGAAUGCCUCACAACUCUUGAUUUUUCUGGAGCUGGUCCCCUGACUGAUCUUUGUGUGUGGGAUGAUGGAAGUUUAUGUGUUUCUACAACAAACAUGGGUGUGUACCUGUGCAUCUUGGCGUCCCGUGAGGGCAAACCUGAGCUCACCAAGAAAUGCCAGUUUUAGGCUUUUAAAGCCUGCUCUAAUUAUUUUUUUCUUCUAGAGACAAAAAGAAGUAAAAUGAAAAUUUUUAAUUCA